AUGACCAACUCUCUAGAGGAACGUUUGAAAACCCACUCCACGGCUUUCGACGGGUUGUUAUCCUUGAUACCCGCUAAAUACUACUACGAUGAUGCCACUCAAGAUCAGUGGCAGCAGAAGAAGAAAAGCAAAAAGGAAGCAGCAGAAGAUAAGAGGGCCAAGUUGGACCCCGAGAACGCUUCCCUGGCUGACUCUUACAACAACGGAGGAGCCAGUGCCAAAGACGUGAUGGACAAUAAUGCAAAGAACGCAAAGAAGGUGAACCUCCCGAAGCCAGUGGCACCUCCUUCUGAUCACAGUGAUGAGGAGCCUCUUAAUGGAACCACAGAGCUCGUAUUUGACGAUGAGGGUGAUGAGAAUGAUGCCAAACAGGAGGAGAAACUAAAGUCUCAGAAACUACAGCAAAAACUGAAACCACAAAAGAAGCAGCUUAGCGAAGAGGAGAAGCAACAAAAAGAAAAGCGCAGGCUUGAAUUAAAGGAAAAGCUCGCAAGCAAGAUCCAGACGUUAAGAGAAAAGAGAAGAGCUCCUGGUACGAAAGGUGCUGCCCCUCUCAAGAGCAGAGAACAGAUACUAGCAGAGAGGAAGAACAAGCAAGAGUUAAAGAGACAGGAGAAGCUCAAAAGAAAGAGAGAAGAGGAUGAGGCGGAGUUUGUGGAAGGCGGUAAUGGCGACGAGGAUAAAUCUGAAGGAGAAGAUAAGUCUGACGAUGAGAACGAUGAUAUGCUUUUCGGUAACAUUGUCUUCGAGGACGGAUCGCGUGUGACGUCAGACUUGUCGAAGCUCAGAAACGGUAUUGCCCAGAAGAAGAAGAAGGGUCCGGCCAACAACGAUAUCAAGGCACAUUUGGUGAAACUUGAGAACAAGAAGCGCAAGUUGGCCCUGAUGACCCCAGAAGAGCAGGCCUCGUUGAAAGAAAGCGACCAGUGGAAGAAUCUAAUGUCACAAGCUGAAGGUGUGAAGGUGAAGGACGACGAGAAGCUCUUAAGAAAAGCAUUAAAGAGAAAAGAGAAGCAGAAGCUCCGUUCCGAGACUGAAUGGAAGGAGAGAAAGCAGAAUGUCAAGGAUACCAUUGCCGCCAGAGCCAAGAAGAGAGAAGCCAACUUGAAGGCCCGUAAGGACAACAAGGGCAAGAAGGGCAAGAACCAGCCUCGUUUAAAGAAGUUUUCUGGUGUUUUGAAGAAGGGAGGUAAGCCCAAGGAUGGUAAGAAGCGCCCUGGUUUCGAGGGAAGUGCUAAGUCCAAGGGCAAAAAGUAA